CGCCGCGACCUGAGCCCAGCCCCUACCCCCGGCCCAGUCGCCGGAAGACGCUGGCGUCGCGCGCGUUUGCGGGCUCAGCUACGCGGGGCAGGCGGCGGCAUCGGCGGCGCUGGAACGUGCGAAGUCUUCCCCCCACCCCCGCCUCACCGGGGAAGAGGUUGGCGGCGCGCGCGCCCUGGCCGCCAUCAGAGUAUUGGUGGAGAGGCCAUGAAUGAGAAUAAAUUUCUGAGCACAGAUCCUGGUACAGGGCCAAUGGAAGCAGCUAAACCAUUGCCAUUCAAGGAUCCAAACUUUAUGCACUCUGGCAUUGGUGGAGCAGCAGCUGGCAAGAAGAACAGAACUUGGAAGAACCUAAAACAAAUUCUUGCUUCUGAAAGGGCAUUACCAUGGCAACUAAAUGAUCCUAGCUAUUUUAAUAUUGAUGCUCCUCCUUCCUUUAAACCAGCCAAGAAAUACUCUGACAUUUCAGGACUUCCUGCCAAUUACACAGACCCACAGAGCAAGCUGAGAUUCAGUACCAUUGAAGAAUUUGCCUACAUUCGCAUGCUGCCUUCAGACGUUGUUACAGGUUACCUGGCUCUAAGAAAAGCAACAAGUAUAGUUUCCUAAAACUUCAAAAAUGUUACUGAAUGAUUCAUCAUGAAUAGGGAUAAGAUUCAGCAUCUCAGCUGAGACCGUGGGGUUAGGGUUUUAACCAAUGUGUUUCAUAUUUAUUUGAAAGUGGCUACUAUUGAAAUGUGGAUUGAAAAGAAUAUUUGAUCUUCAUUUUGAUAAACGAUUAUAUUUUCUGGCUUACCGACUUGUAAACAGGAUCCAGUUCUGGCCCCAGAAAAGUCAACACAAGUUAUGCCGCUGAUUUCAAUGCGACUUUAGGUGAGGGUGUGAAGGAAUGAGUUUUGUACAGGACCUGGGACCAGGAACUGAGUCCAAACAUGCCUCAAACUCCCUUUGUGGCUCUGGAGGGGCCACAAACUGUGGGUUCCCAUUUUCCCCUAUCUGCAGAAUGGGUAAAGUACUUCUGAGUACCAUUGUGGGGAUGAACUGAUGAAUGUAUAUGAAGCAUUUUGAAGAAGUGCUUUGUCUAAGUGCCAACAGGAAAGUUGUUUUGUAAUAUAGAAACUCAUCUGCACACACUACCAUUCCUGGAGCAGCUAGGGUGCACACCAUGUGGGUCAACUCUGGACCCAGAGGUAUCACUAGAGGAUGGAUGAUGGGGCUCCAUGAGCUGGAUCUUGUGAUACCCCUCCCUUAAAUGGCUCUGACCCUUCUCCCCUGUAAUGGUAAUUAGAGAGGCCCUGUUACAGUUCCCAGCUGUAAAUACCCACUUCACAGAGGUGCCAGCCUACAGGCCUGAGUUUGAAAUUUCUGAAUCCAGUUGACAGAUGGGAUAUUAACUGCACCCCUCUCUAGUAUCUCCUAUUGCCUGGCUUCUUUAGCUGCUUCCUGCUGUGAAUUCCAAUCCUAGCUCUGCACAGAAAGAACAAGGAGCUUUGGACAUUGACCCUGGGUUGGUGAACACCAUUCCCAAAAGUAAGGCAAAAAAUCUCAAUGUUACUCCACCCAAGCCCCUUUUUUGGAUGUGGUCCUUCAUGAAUUGUAAUGCUCAGGUUAAAGAAAAACUGAGUCACUGUACUGUAAUGGCCAAGUGUAGUAGCUCUAGUCUAAUCCCAACCCUGCUACUGACUUCCUUUGUGAUCCUUGGUACAUCAUUUCACCUGCCUUGCCUUCCUCAUUGUGAAAUGGGGAUAACCUAAUUUAAGUUUCUUAUCUCACAGGGACACAGUGCGGCUAAGUUAAUGUUUACAACGUGUUUUGAAUACACUGUCCUAUACAAGUGUUAGUUACCACAUAAAUGCCUCUACUGAAAAAAUGAAUAUUCAAGGUGAAAUGAAUAUUGACUUACUUCCAACUCCUGAACAAGGUAGGCAGUAAUGGGACAUAUUACAUUUACUAAAUAAAUCUAGGAUUUAAUGCCUAUUUUUUAUGAUCUAAUACUCACAAAAACAAGUUUUAAACAUCUCUGACAUGCUUACAGUAGAUCCCCCAAAGCCCUGGAUAACAGACAGUGCCACAACUGUUUGCAGGCAACGGAGAAUAUUACGACAAUAUCUCUCUUGAGGCCCAUAAACACCAUAGGCAGAUUCCCUUUGCAUGUGGGCUUUAGAAGGGUUUUUUAACUUAAAUACUAAAAAUGCAUCUGAGAUAGGUUGAACUCUGAUAUGAAAAGAAAACAUAGUACUCCAAUCAGUAUUGCUGCAAAUAACCAGACAGCAGCUCAGGAAAUUGGAGUUAACCACAGUUUAUUGGCUCCUACAAGUAUUUUUAAAAUUAUCUUGGAAUGAACCCAUUAGGGAAUGCUAUUACAUACAAUUACUCUCAGGAAUGCUGUUCAUGUGAUUCCCUACAGUUAUGCAUGGUAUCACAAAGUGUCUCCUUCUUUGAUUAAUUAUAAUCAGAUUUGUUUCAGAGUUUCUACUGUAUUUGGGUACAUUAAAUAGCAUUUUUUCAGAAUGCAAGUCAUUCCUGGAGGAAUGGAAACGACUGAUAAAUGCAUUUUAAGAUUCAGAGAUCUACCUUUUUCACUGCCCCCACCUUACCCCCAAAGCUCCUCUCUGAACCCAUUAUGUCUUUUUGGUGAUUGUUAGCUUCUUUUUUUAUUCCCCACUUCCUCAAGGCUUCAUUCCUUCACUUCAUUGGCUAUUGCUUCUGUUUUCAUGAUUUCUAGUGGUUUACAGUCAAAGUUGUAGUCAAGACAGGAAGUGGUGGAAGCCAUUUCUGUGAGAUAUGCAACAUUAAGCUGAACAAAGUCAAUUUAUUAGGUGUUGUAUCCAAAAUAUACUUGAAAUUGCAGGAAGCUGGACUAGUAGAUCUUUUCUGUGCCCAGUACCUGUUAUUCAAUUUGCUGGAUUCUUUUGUCUUUAAUAUAGGGACCUGCUACUGCUUCUCUUAGCUUCAGCAACAGCAGGAUUGAGGAUUAACUACAUAAUUAUAUCUACUCAAAUGCAAACAAACCAAGAGCUGAUAUAUGUGACUGGGAAGCAGUUUUUUUUAAUGUAUUUUUGUGGGCUACUUUAAGGGAAAUGAAGACCAAAAAGAAUAUUCACCCUUAUAAAUAAAAAAACUUUAUAGUUAAAUUGGAUCGAGAAUCCAGAACCAGAAAGGAGUUUGAAAAAGAAAACAUUGACAUGGUCCCUUAUUUUUCACUGAAUGGGAAUUUCAUUCAGAAAAUGGAUUUUGCCUAAUAAUGUAUUCAUAUGUAUAAAAUUGACAGGCCACAAUCCUAUUAUUGUCUUUCUAUGAAAUAGUUAUCCCUUGUUAUUAAUGAUAAUAGACCAGAGGUUGGCAACCCAGGGGUUCCUUGCAAGUUGGAUCUAGCCUGUGGAGCCAGCGAAUCUAACCCAUGGAGUUCAGGCUUUGGCAGUAGGAGAAUCUUCUGUGCCAUGGUGAGAAGCAGCAGUAGUAGAUGGGUCCUAGUGCCAACUAACUUCAGACCCAAGUUGGGUCAUUUCAGUGUGUGGCCAAGAAGGGCUGUCAGUCACUGAUACAGACCACGUCAGUGUCAAGUAUAUUUACAGGACUUGGCUCUAUUAUAUCACCUUGCUGUAGCAUUUUCCUGGUUAUUUCUCUGAUAACCUAAUAGCACAAGUUGCUAAGCACCCUCAACUCCCAUGGAUUCAUCUUCAGAACUUUGUUCUUAUUCCUCUUUGAGGAGAAAUGACUGUCUACCUGUCUACUAGAAAUUAAGACUCUAUGUUUCCAUACUACUAUGUGACCUACUAGCUAUUGUUCUGCUUACCAGGCUUUUGGUUUGAAGUAAGGUACAGUUACUAUAGGUGUGUGGUAUAGAACAUAUCUUCGAGGUCCGCGGUCAGAGCACCCUUCUCACUAUGGCCCAGGGAUGGGGACCCCCCAGGGAACCACUGAACAAGAGUUUUCCGAGGACAUAGAAGCAGCAAGGGAACACACCUAAAAGCAUCAAAACUCUCAAUUACUCAAGGGUACAAGGAGGAAGUAGGACAUUUAAAAAUGAAGAAUAGCAAAGGAAAGGUGACCAACUAGGCCCCAUUCAUUCUGUUAUUAAUAGAAAUGUUCAAUCCCCCAUCUGAUUAAAUCACUUUCCUGAAGGAGAAAUGAAUAAUUACUAAUAAAUUAAAGUGCAAAGCAUUUAUCACUUGAGAAUUUGCAAACGUGUUUUGAGGCUUCUUAGUAUUUGCAUUUUUUUUGCAUACGGUUUGCAUAUUCAGAGAAUAGGCCAUUUUCUUUUGAGACACAGCACAGAAGGGAGGUCGUUCACAGAUUUCCUGUCAGAUCCUGAAAGGAUUUGGCUUCAUGCUGUUUGUAGAAGGAGACCUAGUCAAGCAAUCUGAACAUUACCUCAGAACACUUCAAUCACACCAAGAUGAUGAUACCAUAAAUACUAAAAUUCACAGAAAUCCUUUUUUAUUUUUUCUCCUUUUAGUGUGUGUAUUUUGAUUACAAGUCACUUUUCUUCGCCUGCUGAAAAGUGGGUGGGCUCAAAUACAGCAAUAUAUUUUCAUGUACAAAAAAGCAUUUUAAGUCCAGUUGGCAUCUAUAAGUAUUGCUUGACUUGGCUUUUUAUUAUCUGAGGAGCUUGCCAAAUCCAGUACUUUCAGAUGAUUACAGUAUUGUAAAUCACAGUCUACAAACUGCAAUAGCUGUAAUCUCUUGGGAGACCUACUAAUAACUAAUAAACUGCAUUUAAACUACUAGUAAAUAUUGCUUAUGUAAAUGAAUAAGGUUCAUGACCUGAGAUUAUGCAUUUUAAGUAUGGAACAUUGCCUUCCUUAAUGCAGUAGCUUGAAAUCAGUAAGAUCUAUGUAUUAACUGUACUCAAAAGCAAUAAACAAUUGCUUAUUGUUGCCAA